UACAGUGCAGUGCGUUCAUGCUCCCUCGCCCCCCCAUAGCAGUUAGAAGUUUGGAAGUUUUUCUACUUGCCAAAAUGGCACUGGCAGACGACAGUGGUUACGAGUCAGUGAUAUGUGUAAAGCCAGAGGUUCAUGUGUACAAGAUCCCACCCCGUGCCACUAACCGUGGAUAUCGAGCUGCUGACUGGAAGCUGGAUGAGCCAGCAUGGACUGGCAGGAUGAAAAUCAUCUCCAUAGGAAAGCUUGUCUAUAUCAAGCUAGAGGACAAAAACUCAGGAGAGUUGUUUGCCCAAGCCCCAGUGGAGCAGUAUCCUGGAUGUGUGGUGGAGGCAGUCACAGAUUCCAGCAGAUACUUUGUGGUGCGGAUAGAGGACGGCAAUGGACGACAUGCAUUUAUCGGCCUGGGAUUUGCUGAUCGUGGGGACUCCUUUGACUUCAAUGUGGCUCUUCAAGACCACUUCAAGUGGGUAAAACAGGAAGGUGAGCUGGCGAAAGAGGAAGCGUCUCAGAGCACAGCACCCAAACUGGACCUAGGCUUUAAAGACGGCCAGACUAUCAAGAUCAGCAUUGGGAACAUAAAGAAGAAGGAUCCAGGUGCCAAGUCUAAGCCUAUGGGUAGUGGCCUUCUCCUUCCUCCACCAAUGGCUAAGGGUGCAGUCCUUGUAUCCCCUCCUGGAGGCCAGCAAUCACCUCCACCUACACAGUCUAACACAGCCUCUCUUUUAGAUUUCGGCAGCCCGGUCCCUGCCGCCCAGCCCACUGCAGACCUGUGGGGAGACUUCACAGCAGCUGGCGCCAGCUCCAGUCAAGACACUGCUAAAGGAUGGGUGCAGUUUUAGCUGUGAGAUGGACCACACAUCCACACACCCCUACACACACACACACACACACACUCAGGCUCCUUACAUUCCCUGGACAGAAUGAUUGUGAGAAAUGAAAUGAGAGGUGGGGGAGCUCUGUCAACUGACAGGUUGCUUGACGCAAAUGAUGCUCUACAUUACAUACACAUUGUUUGCGUACCCAGAUGUAUAGAUUCAAACUGUCACAAGUCAGUGAUUGACCAGCACAUCCUUUUUAGAUACAAAGACUAUAUUACUAUUUUUAGAUACUUUAACUAUGCAGUCAGAAGUGACCCUUGAAUUUGUCAUUGAUCAAGUAUUGAUACCUCUUUUGCUGUCACUCUGACCAGGUGAAAAUUAUGUGCAUUCCAUGUUAAUGACACUUUGAGGUGGAGGUCCACUCAUCAUCUCUAUAUGUCCAUCCCUUUCAAUUUCUCUCCAUUUUACACAAAUCUGGAUGUCAACAACUCUGUCAACCUUUCCACUCUUAACCGUCAUCUCUGACCCUUCACCUUACACUACUCCUCACUCCUGCCCAGCACCGUUCAUCAUCUCGUUGAAUCAUCCAACAUGAUUAGGUGUAAAGUUUAGUAUUUGUAUGCAUUAUUUUACGUUGCUGAAGAGGGUGAAUAUAUCUUUUUUUUAUGUUCAAGUAUAACUUUUGUCCCUCUUAUUUGAGAGAAUAUGAAGGAUAGGUGUGUAUGUCUGUCUUUUCACAAGGUUGGGAGUUGAGUCUGCUUCAGUGUUGCUCUCCAACCUCCUUCAAACUGGUCUCUUGGCUUAAGAGAAAGUAUAGUAUCUGUUCAUAUCAGUCUGAUAUUUUGGGCCUUCAGUAUAGCAGCCAGAUCAAACCAAUGUCUAGUUUGGAUUUUGGUUAAUAUGAGGAGGUAGGUUGGAGAAAGGCAACAUUGAUCGUUUUUUAAAAAUGUGUUUACAUAGCAUAUCAUAAAUCUUUAGCUACCUUUCCUGUUCUUUUUUGUUGAGUGGCCUUUUUCAUCCCAUACUUUACCCUAGUAGUGCCUUUCAGCGAAUGGACAGUUAUUGAUGUUUUGGCUUUAAUUUGCGACAAAUAUAUGCUCAAAGUGCCUUUUACGCAAAUCAAAAUCACCUGUAUAAAAUGUAAAGCAACACUUUAUUGUAAAUAAACCAUUUGUUGUUCA